CCUUUAUAAUUUCCUUAAUUAGUCUAAUCUGGCCUAGUCGGGAUCUUUCGUCGAUCUUUAUAUAAGAGUCACGUAAAUAUAUGGUGCAAGUUGUCAACUGACUUGCAUCAUCUCUUUCAGGCCUGCACGCUCACAGCAUGCCUGCCAUGGAAGGACGACAAUGUGAAGAAGAUCAGCAAGAAGAAACUCUUCAAAUACAACACCAAAACCUUCAGAGACAACAAGAAGAAAAACCGAUCAGCAAUCCUGUAGAGGCCGAGGAGGACAAAGAGUCGUUCCAUAAGAAGGAGGAGUGUCUCGGCCGGGACCUGCACGAAGUUGAAGAGAUAUUGGGGUACAAUUUUGAGAACAAAAAUUUGCUGGAGCAGGCAUUCACGCAUUCUUCGUUCUCAGGGGAUUGCAACUCGUACGAGAGGUUGGAGUACGUGGGGGACGCGGUGCUUAACCUGCUCUUCACGAAGGAGCACUACUUCUUGUACCCGGAUUUGCCGCCGGGACCGCUGACUCGUCUCCGUGCAGCCAAUGUCGACACCGAAAAGCUCGCUCGGGCCGCCAUUAAACAUGGCUUGCAUAGGUAUCUCCGCCACAAGAAACCUCUUCUUCUAGAACAAAUUCAAGAAUUUACGGUUGGGAUUUCACAGUACCCUUUGCAUUCCAAUGGGCUGAUUGACGCACCGAAGGCACUUGCCGAUAUUGUUGAGUCCUCCAUUGGGGCGGUUUUCAUUGACUGCAAUUCCUCCAUGGACACUGUGUGGACGGUGUUUAAGCGUUUGUUGGAGCCUAUAAUCAACCCUAAAACCAUUGGAAGACAUCCUGUGACGGAGCUUUAUGAAUUAUGCCAAAAGAGAAAUAUGAAAGUAAAGUUUGUAGAUUUAUGGAAGGAAGUUAUGGCGUUUGAGGUUCUGAUAGACGAUAGGCAAAUGGGAAGAGGUGAGUAUGGUCUUAAGAAGGAAAUUGCGCAUAACAGAGCGGCAAAGAAUGCGUUGGAAAACAUGGUAAGAAUACUUGGGGACAACUACAAAGAUCAUAUUGUGGAAGAUCGAUGAUCAUCAUCCAUCGUGCAUGACUGCAUACGCAUGCAUGCAUGCAGCAUAAAUAAUAUUGUAUUAACACACACACACAUAUAUAUAUAUAUAUAUAGAAAUCUGAACCAUGUGUUUUGAGGAUUUAAUUGGAAGAUCGAGUUUACGUACCAUGUUAUAUGUAUUUAUUAUGAAUGUGGGCGUCAUUUUGGUACAACAUUACCAAUCAAAAAGUAAGAUAUAUGUUCUUCCGAUUUUUUUUCGUGA